UGUUCCGUUAAACUUCUGAUUGAUCAACUCUGAGAUGAACAUUCCGCUGGGGGUAAAACUGGCUCUACUUUCUUGUUCAUUCCUUCAGCUGCUGACGGCACAAGCAGCUCAAAGCCCACUCACAGAGACAGACGGAAGAUUACAAAGGAGGGCUAAUGCACUGCGGAGGAAACGGGAUCUCCUAGGGGAGGAGACAUUCACUCCUCUUCUGUCCGAAGCAACUGUCCCUCGCAGUGUUCUACACAAUUACACCGCCCGCGAUGCCUCCUCAGAGUACUGUGGCUGUCUAAAUGGGGGCUGGUGUCAGGAGGGGGGUGUGUGUGACUGUGCACAGUUCCAGGCCCUCGGAGACCGCUGCCAGAUCAUCGUUAACCAGGGCCAGGACAGAGAUGGGAUCUGCAGGUCUUGGGGUCAGCACCACUUUGAGACCUUUGAUGGCAACUACUUCUACUUCCCUGGAAGCUGCUCUUACAUCCUUGCCCAGGACUGCCACUCACCCACCCCCCAGUACACCGUGUGGCUCCAUAACAGCCGCGUGUGUGAGGGCAGUGUGUACUCCUGUCCCAGGGCUCUCAGUCUCUUCUUCCCCAAUGAGGAGGAGAUCCACAUCUCUGGGUACCAAGUCCACCAGGGGGGCCGCAGGCUAAGCCUGCCACAGACAAUCGGAGGAGUGUUUAUAGAGCGUCUGGCUGACUACCUUCUGGUGAAGAGCGUGUUUGGCUUCUCUCUGGCUUGGGAUGGAAGUAGCGGUGUGUAUCUGAAGAUGUCUGAAGAGCACCACGGCACCCCCUGUGGCCUCUGUGGGAACUACAACAACCUACCCAGUGAUGACUUCACCACAGCCCGCGGUGUGCAGACAGAAGAGCCAGCAGUGUUUGCUAACAGCUGGUCAGUAGAUUUGCCCCAUGAGAGAGGCUGCCCUCUGGUGGACAUAGACUUCACUGGACCCUGCCAUUCUGAGUCUGACAUGGAUGAUGCCAUAGAGAAAUGCAGCGCUCUUCUUUUCUUCCCCUUCCUGUCCUGUCAUGAGAAUAUGGAUCCAAACCCCUUCGUGGCCAGCUGUGUCUCCGACCUCUGUGUGUCCGAUGAUGAGGAGACGUUUUGCCGUGCGCUUGUGGAGUACACCCGAAGCUGCAGUCAUGUAGGAUACCCUGUGCGCGAGUGGAGGGACAGCUUUCCAUCCUGCAAUGACGGCUGUGAGGAGAGUUUUGUCCAUAGAGACUGUAUCAGCUGCUGUCCUCCCACCUGUACUUUUGACAAAGAAUGUCUGGGAACUAACCUACACUGCCUGGAUGGAUGCUACUGCCCGGACGGCUUGAUUCUGCAGAAUGGGACAUGUAUCGCGGUGUCUCAGUGUCCUUGUGUCUACCACGGCACCUCAUAUGCACAAGGAAAUAUUCUGGAGCAGGGAUGCAGCAGCUGUGUAUGUAUGGGAGGAGUGUGGAACUGCACAGAAAACAACUGUACAGUGGAGUGUUCAGUAGUUGGUGAUGUGUUUGUGACGUCGUUCGAUGGGAGGAUGUUUCUGCAGCCUGGGGCGUGUCAAUACGUCCUGGCUAAGAGUCGCAGUGGCAGCAGAUUCACUGUUACCCUGCAGUACACAACCUGCACAGAGGCCCAGCAGCAGGUGUGUAUACAGUCUGUGGUGGUAAUUCUGGAUGAAGAUGUUAGUCACCAGGUGACUCUGACCAGGGAGGGGGAGGUGCUUAUUGGGGUCAACCCUGUCCCUACCUUGCCCUACACUGAUGAUGUAGUUGAGGUGCGGAAGCUAACAUCGGUGUUCGUCCAGCUGAGGACAUUGCUUGGACUGCGCCUGCAUUAUGACUGGCGUGGUGGACGUGUCUAUCUACAACUGGACAGCCAAUGGCGUGGCAAAACACUGGGCCUCUGUGGAACCUUUAAUGGAAACCUUCGGGAUGACUUCUUGUCUCCAGCAGGGAUGAUAGAGGGGACUCCCCAGCUCCAUGCUAGUGCCUGGAGGGUAUCAUCUGCUUGCUCCGCCCCUAUCAACCAGCCGAUCAUCGACCCCUGUGAGAUGAACCAGCACAAUGUGUUCUACGCCACUCUGUGCGAGGUGUUGUUGGCUAGUGUGUUUGCUCCGUGCCAUGGUUACAUCAGUCCCAGUGUGUACCAGCAGCAGUGUCGCUAUCAGGCCUGUCGCUGUGGUAACACCUGUCUGUGUACAGCCCUGGCCCACUACGCCUAUCUCUGCUCCAAACACCAUAUCACUGUCAACUACCGGGCCCACGUCUCAGAGUGUGGGGUGGUGUGUCUGGGUGGGAUGCAGUACCAGUCGUGUGUGUCGUCCUGUGGCCGGUCCUGUCGUUCCCUCUCCAGUGGAGAGACCUGUAACCCUGACGACUGUGCGGAGGGGUGUGGCUGCUCCGAGGGCAGUUAUUAUGAUGACGUACGGCAACGCUGUGUUCAGCUGUCUCAGUGUCAUUGUUACUCUAUGGGAGGGGUCUCACAGCCAGGGGAGGUGUCUUUCAGUGCCGCAGGCCCUUGCCUAUGCAGGAAUGGAAGAAUGGAGUGUAUAGCAGAAGAAAGAGAGCCAGAGCGAGGCCAGUGUCCGGAAGGAAAGGUGUUCCACAGCUGCUCUGAGCCACAAGGAGUUCAGGGGGUGGCGGCCUGGCGAGGAGGUGUGGCCUGUGAGCUCACCUGUCGGAACCUGAUGUUGAACCUCACGUGUCCUCCGACCACACCCUGCAUACCUGGCUGUGUCUGCCCACCUGGGCUUGUGCUGCACCGUGGGGAGUGUUACUACCCAGAGAACUGUCCCUGUGCCUGGCUGGGCCUGGAGUAUCUGCCUGGAGAGACCGUGGACACCCCCUGUUACAGAUGCGUGUGUCACCGGGGAUAUUUCAACUGUAGUUACUCUCCGUGUCCAGCUGUGUGCACGGUCUAUAGUGACAGACAUUACCACACCUUCGAUGGCUUGGAGUAUGACUACCACUCUGACUGUCAGGUCUACUUACUCAAGAGUAUCGAUGGUGAGGUGUCCAUCGUGGCUCAGAAUAAGGACUGCUAUGAGAGUGGGAUUGUCUGUAUGAAGAUGCUAGUGAUCCAUGUUGGCUUCACCAAGAUCUACUUCAACGACAACUCAGGCCAUCCUAGCCCGUCCACGGUGGUAGGCAGGGGGUCACAAUUUGAGCUUUGGUCCGCAGGCUACUACACAGUCAUCCACUUCCCCAACCAGGACCUGACCGUACUCUGGGACCGCAAGACGACCGUGCACAUCAGAGCUGGACCACAGUGGAAGGGUCUCCUGAGUGGUCUAUGUGGGAACUUUGACAGUGUGACGGUGAAUGACAUGACCACAUCUAGCCACAUGGAGGUCAGCAAUGCUCAGGGCUUUGGAGACAGCUGGGCCCUCGGUCAGUGUGAGAGUGACUACGUGGUGAAGAGGGCGUGUGAAGGAGACCUUGGUAGACAGCCGUACGCCAAGAGAGAGUGUGCCCUACUCUACAGUGACGUGUUUACCCCCUGUCACAACGUGGUGGAUGUCUCAUGGUUCUAUAGGAACUGCUUGACAGACACGUGUAACUGUAACCGGGGCGGAGACUGUGAGUGUCUGUGUACGUCCAUCGCUGCCUAUGCACACACCUGCUGUCAGCACGGCGUUACUGUGGUCUGGAGAAACCCGUCUGUCUGCCCCUAUGACUGUGAAUACUACAACCAAGAGUUAGGUGACGGGCCGUUCUCUGUAGUCGGUGCUGUGUACAACGCUACAGUCUUGGGUGUGAACAGAACCAGUGGAUCAGUGUUCCCCCUGGUUAGAGAGUUUGUAGGUGGGCUGCCACCCCAUGGACUGCUUUUUAACUUCAUGAUUACAGCGGGUCUACAGAAGGACCGCACAUCGCGUCUCCCGGUGGUCUCUUUGGAGUCCGCGGAGCGCCCUAACUACUUCCUGGUUGUGACUGGGAGUGCCGGGCUGCGAUUGGAGCAGUGGACCCGAGGGGAGGAGUUUGGCCGAAGGGCAUCCUUCCUGCAGCACCAGGGACUGUUCCUACCGGGCCACACUUCCUUCGAGCUGAUUGGCCAGCCAGGACUUUUUCUUACUCUGACACGCACGUCUGCGCGCGCUCAGCGAUAUGAAAACAACGACCACUUCAAGACCAGCAGCUCCUUUACCCUGGAGGAGAGCACUUUUGUGAUCCCGUACCGUAUGAUGUGCGAGUGGCGUUACCAUGCCUGUGCCAGUCCGUGUGUCCGUACAUGCGCCGACCCCACCUCUACACGCUGCCACUUCCUGCCCCCGGUGGAGGGCUGUUUCCCUCGCUGCCCCAAAAACAUGAUACUCGAUGAGGUCACCAGGAGAUGUGUCUACCCAGAGGACUGUGUGUCCCUCCCUCCCACCCCCACACCGUACGCCUUCGUAAACAGGACCACCACCACUCCACCCACUACAGCCACCUCAACUACGACCACCACCCCAACUACAACCAGCCCAACUACAACCACCACCACCCCAACUACAACCAGCCCAUCUACGACAACCAUCACCCCAACUACAACCAGCCCAACUACAACCAGCCCAACUACAACCACCCCAACUACAACCACCACCACUCCAACUACAACCAACCCAUCUACGACAACCAUCACCCUAACUACGACAACCCCCCAAACUACGACAACCCCCGUGUUAACAACAAUGACCACCACCUCAACUAUAAUCACUACCACUAGUGUUAGGCCUACUAUCACCACCACAUCUAGACCCACUACAAAGACCACUUCUACGGUUACAGAAACUACUCCCAGUGAUCUGGCAACCACUGCUACUCCCACCAGAGCUCCCACGUCUCCCCACAUAGCCCCAGUGACUGAGCACCUCACCCCCCCUAGCUCCCCCUCUCCUCUCCCAUCUCUGCUCUCCACCUCUGCGACCGAGCCCACCACUACAUCUGAAGUUACGGCCUCCACCUCCACCUUCUCCCUUUCCACCUCCCCCACCCCACCAAGCAGCACCACUCGGGUAACAACACUAACUGUGAACACGACGGUAACCAUGGAAACGGCGUCUUCCGCUCGCCCCAGCCUGGCUGUGACCGACUCCGCCCCGACCCUCCCUGAGACCUCCCCCCGGCCGUCCAGCACCCUUUCAGCUCCCUCUCCCUCCUCGCCCACCUCCUCCGCCCCUCUGUACCCGGCCACACACCCACCCACCGCCACUCAAACACACAGUCCUGUCGCCACUCCCACAGAAACCACCUCAGCAUUCCCCCACAUCUAUGACGUCUCUGCGACUAUGUCGACAUCACCCCCCGAGAUGACGGAGUCCAUAACUACGGAAAGAGCCACCAGCCCAGAGCCCUCCAGUACACCUGAGUUUGCCGUCAUGCCAACAGCACGGCCUCCCUCUCCCCUGCCCACCACUCCCUGCACACCUCCAUACUCCCACCGUAUAGAUGAGUGUGCCGAGCUGAUCUGUUUAAACGGGGAACUGCUCCUUCAUAACUCCUCUCUACAUUGUCGCUACAACACCACUCCUCCUCGCUGUUCUCUGCUGGGCAUGGCUGUCCUCGCCAACACUGACCCCUGCUGCCCGCUCUGGCAGUGCCCAUGUCGCUGCUCAGUGAUGUCCGACCUGCGCGUGAUAACGUUUGACGGCAACAACGUGGCUCUGUACGAUAACGGCUCUUACAUCCUGGUUCACCUGCCCAGGGAGAACAUCAUAGGAACAGUGAACAAAUGCCCCACCAGCCAGAGUGUCAACUCCAUUAGAAGACCUAGCCCCAGUGGAGGAACGUCAGGCCUGUGUUUUAAGAAGUUGAACAUCACCACCCCCUCCUACAGGAUCAUCAUCAACCGCCUCGACCGCAAGGUGUCUGUGAACCACAUCAAGGCGCGGCUGCCCUUCUCCCGGCAGGCCUUGGCAGUGGAGGACACGGGCAGUAUGUACCGGAUCACCACUCCUGGAGGGGUCAACAUCCAGUGGUACCACAGCACCGGCAUCAUGGUUCUGCAGUACACCGCCCUGUCCAAUACCUCCGCUCCCACCAGGGGGCUCUGCGGCUGCUGCGACGGGAACCCGGCCGACGACCUGAAGCUGCCCAACGGCACGGUGGUGAGGGAGGUGGACGACCUGCGUCUGUUCCUGCAGGCCUGGAGGGUCCACACUUCGGAGGAUGCGGAGCACACGCGGCGCAUCGGGGACAACUGCACCACGGGGGACUGCUCCACCUGCCUGUCCAUGCUGAGGCAGAGGCCGUUCGUCCCCUGUCACGGCAAGGUGUCCCCGGAGCAGUUCUGCGACGUCAUGUGGGCUGGCGACCUCCAUUACAAGGCCCAUCAGUGUGACUUCCUGGCCGCCUACGUAGCGGUCUGCUACACCUACCAGGUCUGCAUCAGCUGGAGAAGACACAACUUCUGCCCGUUGAGGUGUCCCCCAGGUAGAGAGUACCAGUCGUGUGUGUCCACCUGUAAUACCCGGACCUGCGAGAACAGAGAGUUCUACGAGGAGACGACCUGCUCCCACAUCCGAGAGGAGUGCGUGUGUCGUCCCGGAACCCUCCUCCACCGAGCCGACUCCUCCUACUGUGUCACAGAGGAGCAGUGUGUGUGCACUGAUAACGAGGGUUCUCCACGGGCCCCUGGAGAGGUGUGGAACAGUUCUGUGCGUGGCUGUUGUCUGUUCCGCUGCCUGGAGAACGGUUCCGUGGUGCCAGAAGAACCGGACUGCAGCUUCAGUCCCAGUCCGCUGUGUGAGAGGGAAGGAGAGUAUGUGUUGGAAGUCCUGGAGGAGGGGGUCUGCUGCCCCAAAAAGAUCUGUGAAUGCAAUCUGACCAUUUGUGAGAGUGAAGCUCCGCCCUGUGAGAACGGAAACCGACUGGUGAUUGGUUACAGUGCCCUGUCAUGCUGUCCAGAAUACCGUUGUGAGUGCGACCCCCAUGCAUGUCCCCCUGUCACUGCCCCCGAAUGCAGAGAAGACCAGUUCCUAGUGGAGGUCCGGGAGGACAACUCCUGCUGUUACUCCUUUCUGUGCGUGUGUGAGUCUUGUAUCGAGCCCGUUCCAUCCUGUUCCUAUGGAGAGAUACUAGCUGUAAACCUGAACAGCACCCACAGCUGCUGCCCUCAAUACCACUGUGUGUGUGAUGUCAACCUGUGUCCUGAGUUGUCUCUAAGCUGUUCUCCUGGACUCUCUCUGGUCCAAACCACCCUCCCUGGACACUGCUGCCCUGACCGUCACUGUGAGUGCCAGUGUCAGGACAACACUCUCCCAGUCUGUCCAGUGGGUGAGGUACAAGUGGAGGUCCCAGACAGCAGCAGCACCUGUGGAUGCCCUCGCUACACAUGCAAGAAGGCGGAGGUGUGUGUGUUCCAGGGAGUCACGGUUUUGGGGCCGGGUCAGAGCCUGGUCCAGUACUAUGAAGGAGAUUUGUGUUACACUGUCCACUGUCUGACACACCGCGACACACUCACCGGAUACUACGCCAUGGACGUAUCCGCCAUCAACUGCUCUCAGACCUGUGGCCAGCACCAGAUGUAUGUAGCAUCAUCAGAUCCUCAGGUGUGCUGUGGCUCCUGUAAGAAUGUUUCCUGUUCCUUCAUGAGUAGCAACGGAACCAAUGAGCUCUUCACUGCGGGGAGCUCCUGGGUGGAGAACUGUACACGGUAUGACUGUGUGGAGACACCUGUGGGAGCCGUGGUGCUGGCUUCAGGAGUGGUCUGCCCCCCCUUCAACGAUACUGAGUGUACUCAGAACGGGGGUGUGGUCCAAAGCUAUGUGGACGGCUGCUGCAAGACGUGUAAGGAAGACGGCAGGACAUGUAAGCGUGUAGCCAUCCGAACCACCAUCAGAAAAGAUGACUGCAGGAGCAACGCACCGGUGACAGUGUAUUCAUGUGAUGGGAAGUGUCCAUCGGCCACCAUCUUCAACUUCAAUAUUAAUAGCCAUGCCCGCUUCUGUAAGUGCUGUAGGGAGAGUGGACUUCAGACCCGCUCCAUCACCCUUUACUGCUCUCGCAAUGCUACCUUGGUGGACUACAGCUUCCAGGAGCCUCUAGACUGCUCCUGUCAAUGGAACUAGACAGAUUCCUUUGAGCUUCAGUAUGACCAACAUUAGGGGUUAGAGGUUAGAGUUCAGAACAGACAAAUCAAACACUCAGUCAGGCCAGUUCAUUAGUAUUCCUUUAGUCUGUUGUUGAGAGCUAUAUGCUAUAUGACCGGUUGUAGGGACCCAGUGUCAUAGACUGCAGUGUUCAGUCAACACUUUGGUCCUGUUUGUACUGCUCCUUUGUGUAACACCAGCUCAUCCUCAGAACCUAGGCUGAGACCAUUUGGUUCCAGUAGACAGUUACUGAUUGGUCUGUUGAUAUAGUGCUCUUAUGAUGACUGAUGUGUUUUAUAUGCCAAUACAAUUGGUUUUAAAAGAAGAACCAUUCAUUACAUACAGUAUGUACAACUUUUAUGUGAAAUUUUUUUUAUUUAAAUCAGUGAUUGUUUUACUAAGGUGAUAAUUCACCUAAUCGUCUGAUAAUAGACUGUAUUUCUACAGAACACUGUUGGCUGUGUGGUUUGUGAAGCCCUGCUCCGGUAAUCAUUCAGAUGUACCCUUUCAGAAUAGAACAAU